GAAUCUUCGCUACUCACCACACUUUCGGCGCGGGCUCAGGUUUAAUUAGAGCUGCUGCAGACUAGGCUUUUUACCAUGGAAAAGUGAAGAAAGGGCCAUAGAAAUACAUUUAAAAAUCUUUAUUCUAUAUACUGACAUAUGGCAAUAUUUUAUUUUUAACAUGCCAAUGAAAAGGAGCACGGGGAGUCAAAUCGGAGAUGAGCCUUUGCAUUGUAUGCAGCGACCUGAGAAGAAGCUCCGUCCGGAGCAGGAGGACAUUGCCUCGGCUUCGCCGGGGGGCGAGAAGCUCGCCGGCGAUUUUGGAAAUAACUGCUUUUCCUCACUUGACGAGGAGGAAGAUUCGGGGAUUAAAUCAGAAACUGAGGAUUGCAAUGAUGCUCCAUCUACUGAAGAGGAUGUGGAUCCAUCUGAAUACACAAAGGAUCUGGCUUUAAAGCAGUCCAUUCCAAAGAAAAGUAUCACUCAGAUAAUCAAGGACAAGAAGAAGCAGACGCACUUAACUCUGCAGUGGCUUGAAGAGAACUACAUUGUUUGUGAUGGCGUGUGUCUGCCACGAUGCAUCCUGUAUGCGCACUAUUUAGAUUUCUGCAGGAAAGAAAAAUUGGAUCCUGCCUGCGCUGCAACAUUUGGCAAGACAAUACGGCAGAAAUUUCCUCUCUUAACAACCAGGAGACUCGGUACCAGAGGCCAUUCAAAGUAUCAUUACUAUGGCAUCGGCAUCAAAGAAAGCAGUGCAUAUUACCACUCUGUGUACUCUGGGAAGGGGCUGACCAGGUUUUCCGGUAGCAAGCUCAAAAAUGAGGGUGGCUUUACUCGGAAGUAUUCACUCAGCUCCAAAACGGGAACAUUGUUGCCCGACUUUCCAAGUGCCCAACAUCUCGUACUUCAAAGCUGCAUUUCCAUAGAAAAGCAGGUGGACACCUUAAUUAUGAUGUACAAAACGCACUGUCAGUGCAUUUUAGACAAUGCCAUCAACAGCAACUUUGAAGAGAUCCAGAAUUUCCUGCUGCACUUCUGGCAGGGGAUGCCCGGGCACCUUCUGCCCCUGCUGGAGAAUCCCAUCACUGUGGACAUCUUCUGCGUGUGUGAUUCCAUACUGUACAAGGUUCUGACUGAUGUUUUAAUUCCUGCUACAAUGCAAGAAAUGCCUGAAAGUCUCUUGGCAGAUAUUCGGAACUUCGCCAAGCACUGGGAGCACUGGAUGGUGUCCUCCUUAGAGAAUCUUCCAGAAACCCUCUCUGAAAAAAAGCUACCAAUCGCACGCCGAUUUGUGUCCACCUUAAAGCGACAAACCUCUUUUUUACACCUUGCCCAGAUCGCCAGACCUGCUCUCUUUGACCAAAAUGUGGUGAACUCCAUGGUGAGUGACAUUGACAAGGUGGACCUCAGUAGCAUUGGAUCUCAGGCCUUGCUCACUAUAUCCAGCAGUGGAGACCACGACUCAGACCUGUACUCCGAAUAUGACUCUAUCACAGUGUUCCAAGAGCUGAAAGACCUCCUUAAGAAAAAUGCAACUGUAGAGUCUUUUAUAGAAUGGUUGGACAGCGUGGUGGAGCAGAAGGUCAUCAAGCCGAGUAAGCAGAACGGUCGUUCUUUAAAGAAGAGAGCGCAGGAUUUUCUUCUCAAGUGGAGUUUUUUUGGAGCACGGGUCAUGCACAACCUCACCCUGAACAAUGCCACGAGCUUUGGUUCUUUCCAUCUGAUUCGAAUGCUUCUGGAUGAGUAUAUUCUACUAGCUAUCGAAACACAGUUCAAUAAUGACAAAGAACAAGACCUUCAGAAUCUCUUAGAUAAAUAUAUGAGAAAUGCAGAUGCUAGCAAGGCGGCCUUCACCGCUUCUCCUAGUUCCUGCUUCCUUGCCAACCGCAGCAAAGUCCCUGCCGUGUCCGGCGAUGCGUCUGUGAAGAACGAGCUGCUCUCUGAACAGGCCUACCUGUCUCUCACAGGCGGGCAGCAUGGGCUGGGCCCAAACAUGGUCACCUACCAGGAGGUGGAGUCAGAAGACCUGUCUCUCUCAGCCCCGGUGGACUUCCCUCAGAACAGUGUUCCGCUCAUGACGCCCCCCAUCUCCCCGGCGAUGGUGAACCGAGACAGUGUGAUCAACCAGGGCCCCAUGGCUGGCCGUCCCCAAGGAAGCUGCACCCCGCUCCAGUCACACAUCCCCUGCCAGGCCUUCUCCGAUGUCGCCUACCAGAACGUUCCCCCCGCCAAUCCCAGCUUCUUCUCCAGUGCUCCCAACUACCAGGCCCUGUUCAGGCCUCAGACACACGCCGCCUCCUAUCCGUCGCGCCCAGACAGGGGGCGGUACCCCUCCUUCUGCGAACAGCAGCCACAACAGCUGCCGAAGGACUACUUCACCCCCAGCUGUGCCGAGACCUCCUACAUCUCCCGGCCCCCGGCGAACUUUGGCAGCGCGUCGGAGCCCGUGAUGGAGGCCCAGGCCUUGCAGCUCCUGGACCCCGGAGGGUACGGCUUCCUCGGUGGAAGUGGCGCCUGCCAGGGGACAGCUUACCCCACCAGCGCUGCAGGUUACUAUGGCACCGGUGGCUACCCGGACCCUCAGAGGCUGGGCUCCGUGAUCGACCAGCACGUGUCGGUGAUCAGCAGCGUGAGCUCGUUACGCUCCAUGCACUCCUAUAGCGACGUGCACGACCCCCUCAACAUCCUGGAUGACAGUGGCAGGAAGCCCGUCGGCUCUUACUACAGUGACUCUCCAGUCCUUGUGUCCCGGACUCCCGGUGCCUCACCCAUCACAUCUUCUGUAUCCACCCCAUGUAUGUAUGGAGCCAAUCCUCAGUUCCAUUCCCAGGAUGCAUUGUUCCCUCCCCGAGCCACCGCUGACGUACGGGACGUAGUGUCGUCUCUGCCCCCCAUAAACACUGUGUUCAUGGGAUCCACAGGAAGUGGCCCCUGACUGCCUCAGCUGGCUGGGUGUAAUAGGUCAAUUCAGCAUGAGAACCCAAUAACGAAUGAGGUUUUAUUGCCUGUACUCUAAAAAGGACUUUUCAUAACACCUCAUCACUGACAUAAAAUGCCUUAUUCCCAACAGUGAGCUAUACUGUCAUCCCAGUGAUGUCACAGAGAAAUAUCAGAGAGUUUUACCUUAUAUCACAUGUCAGGCUGAAGUAAAUCAGGGCAAGCAUCUCCCUAAAACAGCUCUUAAAUACCUGUUUUAUAACUUGUAUUAUUCAGGUAAUAAAACAUCCUUCAGAUAUUUUUUGAAGUGUUUCUAGAGUAUUAGACCUAAAAUGAGAAGCAGCAGGAAGGUUAAAGUUAUUUUCUUAAGGGUUGCAAUAGAGUAAAUAUAUAUUCUUCAAGUGUUAAUUUAAUUUUUUGACUAUAAUCUUUGUAAUAUAUGACUGUAUGAUGCAAACUGUUUAAUAUUAAGUAAGCACAAAUAAA